AGGAUAUAUUGGAUAGGAUAGGAUGCAGGAGGUGCUCGCCAAUCGUGACUUGAUUGUGGAGAUCAUGGCAUAUACAUGGAAAGGCACGCUGGCAGCUCUAGGCCGCACUUGCCAAAUGUUCAAAGAUCCCGCCUUGGAUUCUCUUUGGCGAGAGAUGUCCUCGCUUGAUCCACUCUAUAUGUGUCUUCCAAGCGAUGUGUGUGCGAAGAACGUCAUCGGCGGUCUGGUGUUACGCGGCAGAAUACCUGACAAGCAAGCCGACUGGAAGAGGUUCGAUAUGUACGCCGCACGCAUACACGUCCUCGCUUUUCGACCGGGAUCCGGGCUGCGUCCAACCCUCCUCCGACUGCUCAAGGCUUACUUUCCAGGGCCAGCCCCUGUCCUCCGAAAACUUUCAGUUCGGCGUUUGCUGCAUGUGUGCAGCGAAGGGGAGCUCGCCCUCUGUGUUUCCACCCUUGUCCACCCCAACCUCCAUGCGCUUGAAAUAUAUUCAUCGUUCGAGGACAGCAUGGCUGCAGCACUGGGUCACGCGCAGCUCAGUUGUCCCAAUCUGCGGAGCCUCAUCAUUUCGGGGACAGCUGAUGUACUACCUUUGAUGGGACGGUUUGCUCAACUGCGAGUGCUCGUCUACAACUCACCCGAAGGGGCUAUCAUUGAUGCCCCGUCCAUCAUUCUGCUCUCCCAGUUACCCCAUCUCCAGAACCUGAAAAUCUCGAGCAAGGUCACUGCCACCUCGUUUAGGCACGAUGUGCCACUCUCGAAUGCGAUCGGGGCGUUUUUCCCAGCUCUCGAAGAAUUGACUCUGGAAGAUGUGUCGCAUUUGCAAACGUUGUCCCGUCUUCUGCAGCUCAUCGAGUCACCCUCCAUGCGUCUCAUCUCAAUUUCCUACCAGCUCUCAGGAGUACCAAAGAGCGAUACGCUAGCACUUUCGUCCGGCCUUUCCAGCCACACCUGCCUGACCACACUUCACCUUACGAACCGCAGCCCCCCAAGUGACGCAGUCACGGUGGCCGAUUUCGAACCUCUUAUCCGCUUGACGAACCUACAAGAGGCUCGCUUCGUGGAUAUCAUGACCGACCGAAAUGUCUCGACGUCCUCCGCCAUACCCCAGCUGACGUCCACAUGGGUCAAGGUACAAAGCCUUCACAUCGAAUGCAGCGUCUGGCACGAUCCUGAUUCCAAAAAUCUUCAUGCCCCUAGCCUCGAGCGCCUCUUAAAGCACUUCGCUGCGAAAUUACCGCACCUGCACGACCUCCACCUGGCGGUGUUGGCUGAUAGUGCUAUCAGUACUUUUUUUCUAAGAUUCAAGAAGGACCUGCUCACCCCGCGCAUCACACACCCACUGCAUCUCACGCUGCAGCCGGUAUCAGCAUUGCAGUCGAAAGCCGAUCCUUUUACAGUCGCAGUUUACAUAUCCGACACAUAUCCCAACAUCAACAUAGUUUUCAACGGUGCUGAGGCAGCACUUCAAAGGCCCGAGAUCACUGAACGUAACAAAUCCAUGGCUUCAGCCUGGAAAAACGUGCAAAAUCUGGUGAAAAAGCUGGCUGCGAUUCGAGAUACUGAGAGGGAAAGAGUUGGUCUCGAGAUGCUGAGGAUACUUAACAGCGACCCGGCAGAAUAG